CAUCAAUUCAUUCAUUCUAGCUACUAGCUAGUGUUUGCAUACAUUCACAUUCACAUUUGCAUCCACAUAACAUUAAUCAACAUAGAUCCACUCUCACUCCACCACCACCACCACCACCACCACCACCGGCGGCCAUGGCGGAUGUACACCCCACCACCAUACCAGUAACCAGCCGGCCAAAGCGGCCACGGCCACCGUCAGGUCGCACCAACCUCGCCUCAUGUGUCGUGGCCACCAUCUUCUUGAUCUUCAUCGUCAUCGUCAUCCUCAUAGUCUACUACACCGUCUUCAAGCCACAAGACCCCAAGAUCGCCGUCAGCGGCGUCCAGUUCCCCUCAUUCUCCGUCGCAAACGGCACCGUCAACUUCACCUUCUCCCAGUACGCCUCCGUCAAGAACCCUAACCGCGCCGCCUUCUCCCACUACGACAGCUCCCUUCAGCUCCUCUACUCCGGCAACCAGGUCGGCUUCAUGUUCAUCCCCGCCGGCGAGAUCGACGCCGGCCGGACACAAUACAUGGCCGCCACCUUCAACGUCCAGUCGUUCCCCCUUUCAGCCCCGGCGGGUCUGGGUCCCACGCUGGCCAACGGCGACGGCGCCGGGUUCGGCAUCGGGUUGAGGGUUCAGCCCACGAUGGAGAUCGAGUCGAGGUUGGAGAUGGCGGGGCGCGUGAGGGUUUUGCAUUUCUUCACCCACCGCGUGGUGGCCAGAGCUGGUUGCAGAGUCGCAAUCGCCGUCACUGAUGGAUCUGUGUUAGGUUUUCACUGCUAAUUCUUUUUUCUUUUUACUUUUUUUUUGUUUGUAAGAGUAGAGUUCAUAGCAGUAACUAGUGAUAUAUUACUGGAAUUGUUGUUAAUUGUUAGUCAGGUUAAGCAGCAAUGGAGGCAUCAAAAUCUAAAUUGUAAAGAUGAUUUUUCUUUUUUCCUACUUCAUUGCCAAGUUUUAGGGUGUGUUUGGAUAAAAACAUUGUUAAAAUCUGCUUGUGAGUUCCAAUCCAGAAAAAGAAAGUACAAUGAAGUAAUUGUUCUCUUACUCUAAAAUUCAUUUCAAGUUUGUUUUAAUUUGUUA